GGGGAAGGGGGCGGGCGGAGGGAGGAGCAGGGAGAGGGAGAAGGGGGAGGGAGAGGAGAGCGAGGGAGAGCCGGAGAGAGCGGGAGCAAAGAGCGAGAGCCAGGGAGAGAAGAGGGAGGGAGAGGAGAGAGAGACACAGGCACGCAGACACACACGGUCACUGGAAUUCCAUUAGAAAAAAGUGACACGAGCAAGGGUUAGCGGGAGAAGAUUUUUUUGAAUCUUUCCUUCGUCUUGUGCGAAAGAAGCGACUCCGGUCUCUCGUCCUCGAAGCUCCCACUGGAUUGUUCCUAGGCGCUGACACCCGUCGGUGGAUUUCUUCCCUAUUUGCGUUUUGUUCUGACCCCCGCCUUCGCCGCUUCCUUCCAGCCCUUCACUCUCAGAUCGCUUCUCCCCCACCUCCCCAGUCCCCUCCCGGGAAGCGCAGGGGAAUCGGACCCGCGGGGACUCGCGCCUUCCUGGACGAGCUGAGGGGAGGGCAGACCUGAGGACCAGCUGCCGGCUUGAAAGCAGAUAUACACACAAAUACGUGUAUAUUUGAUUUUACUGGGCAAGGGGGGCGUCGAGAGGCAGCCCACCGCCCUCCAUUCCCACACCCCCUCCAGCCAGAGGCGAGAAUCACAGGACUCAGGAUCUUCCUCGGUGGACUAGCUGGGAUCUCCGCAUUGGAUUUGGGGCUGAUUAUCGUUGCUUGGCUAUUAUUAUUGUUGUUGUUGUUGUUUUUAUCCAAGGGAGAAAGACAAAAAAACUGUGGGAUUUAUUUAACAUGAUCUUGGCAAACGCCUUCUGCCUCCUCUUCUUUUUAGACGAGACCCUCCGCUCUUUGGCCAGCCCUUCCUCCCUGCAGGGCCCCGAGCUCCACGGCUGGCGCCCCCCCGUGGACUGUGUCCGGGCCAAUGAGCUGUGUGCGGCCGAAUCCAACUGCAGCUCCCGCUACCGCACGCUGAGGCAGUGCCUGGCGGGCCGGGACCGCAACACGAUGCUGGCCAACAAGGAGUGCCAGGCGGCCCUGGAGGUGCUGCAGGAGAGCCCGCUGUACGACUGCCGCUGCAAGCGGGGCAUGAAGAAGGAGCUGCAGUGCCUGCAGAUCUACUGGAGCAUCCACCUGGGGCUGACCGAGGGUGAGGAGUUUUACGAGGCCUCCCCCUACGAGCCGGUGACCGCCCGCCUCUCGGACAUCUUCAGGCUUGCUUCCAUCUUCUCAGGGACAGGGGCAGACCCGGCGGUCAGCGCCAAGAGCAACCACUGCCUGGACGCCGCCAAGGCCUGCAACCUGAACGACAACUGCAAGAAGCUGCGCUCCUCCUACAUCUCCAUCUGCAACCGCGAGAUCUCGCCCACCGAGCGCUGCAACCGCCGCAAGUGCCACAAGGCCCUGCGCCAGUUCUUCGACCGCGUGCCGGGCGAGUACACCUACCGCAUGCUCUUCUGCUCCUGCCAGGACCAGGCGUGCGCCGAGCGCCGCCGCCAGACCAUCCUGCCCAGCUGCUCCUACGAGGACAAGGAGAAGCCCAACUGCCUGGACCUCCGCAGCCUGUGCCGGACGGACCACCUGUGCAGGUCCCGGCUGGCCGACUUCCACGCCAAUUGUCGGGCCUCCUACCAGACGCUCACCAGCUGCCCGACCGAUAAUUACCAGGCGUGCCUGGGCUCCUAUGCCGGCAUGAUUGGGUUUGAUAUUACACCCAACUACGUGGACUCCAACCCCACUGGCAUCGUGGUGUCGCCCUGGUGCAGCUGUCGUGGGAGCGGAAACAUGGAGGAGGAGUGUGAGAAGUUCCUCAGGGACUUCACCGAGAACCCGUGCCUCCGGAACGCCAUCCAGGCCUUUGGCAAUGGCACAGAUGUGAACCUGUCCCCUAAAAACCCCUCAUUCCAGGCCACGCAGGCCCCUCGGGUAGAGAAAACGCCUUCUUUGCCAGAUGACCUCAGUGAUAGCACCAGCCUGGGGACCAGCAUCAUCACCACCUGCACCUCUGUUCAGGAGCAGGGGCUGAAGGCCAACAACUCCAAAGAGUUAAGCAUGUGCUUCACGGAGCUCACGACCAAUAUCAUCCCAGGGAGUAAGAAGAAGGUGAUCAGACCUAACUCAGGCCCCCACAGAGCCAGACCGUCGGCUGCCUUGACCGCCGUCUCCUUCCUGAUGCUGAAACUGGCCUUGUAGGCUUCGGGAGCCGCAUCCGGAGGUUUCUGAAAGCGGCUCAGACGAGAACACCCGCCUGACAAAAUGGAAACACACACAGACACACACAGACACACAGACACACGCGCACACACACACCUUGCAAAAAAAAAGUUUUUUCCCACCUUAUCUCUGAACUUGUCUCCUUCCAGGUUUCUUCUCUGGAAAAGUUUUUCUAAACCAAACAGGCAAGCAGGCGGGCAGCCUGAGAGCUGGCCCAGAGGCCCCCUGGCAAGGGACACCCAGCACUGAGCAGGGCACAGGGUGUAGGAGUGCCCGUCACUUCUCCUGGUGUGUUUCUCUCUGGACCCGGGCAGGGCAACAGCCCUGCUGCCCAGGGGACUUGGGGCUGUGCCUGACACGGGCGGGGGUUGGGAGCAGGAUGGCAGCCACUGUUCUCAGUCUGCUGACUCUGGGGACCUGCUGGGGGCUGGCAGGGGGUGUCGGGUGGCAGAGCAAUGAGGCCGGGCUCCUGGAGGUCCACCUGGGCACCUCCAGCUCCUCCACCUGGAGUCAAGGUUGGAGUUUAUUUGGCCCCCUUCUCUGCAGGCUGGGCAGGUCUGCGUCUGACCUGUGCAGGGGUGGGGCUCUGAGUCCCUGGCCCCCUAGUGUAGCAUGAGGGACCGGGCAGCUCCAGGGGGCUUGGGAGCUCAGCCCACCUGGGAGAUCCCGUUGCAGGUAGGGGGUAAAACUUGGGUACCAGCUCAGGCUGCUGCUUCCUCCUUGAUGGCAGGAGUUUUGAAAUCAAAGAGAAAUGAUUCUUUUUCCACUUUCUUGGUUUCUCAUGGGUCCCAAUGGUGGGUCUCCCUUCGAGGGGAGGGGCCGUCGCCGAGAGGGGCCAAAGAGACCACGGUGGGCCGUCUACCUGUCCCCAACCCCGGGCUCUGCACCCCGCUCCUCCUCUCUGCUCCCCGCCCCUCCCCCGCCUUCCCUGUCCUCAUGUCCGAGACGUCCGCCAACUGUAUGUACAUAACACGCUCCUCUCAACAUAUAUGUAUAUACACAUCCGUAUACAUAUAUCGUGUGGUUCUCCCUCCUUUCCUUUUUUUAAGAAGCAAAACUAUCGAAAUAAUACCCUAACAGGCGA